GUAUUUGGUUCAUCUUAACAUUUGAAAAUACUGAAUGCUGCUUACAAAAAUCUUCCAAAUAUAUUGAAUGCAGUAAACACCAUGGAUCUUGUUAUGAUGGUCAUUGGUUGAUGAUAGCUAUUUUGAUGACAUCUUGAAAAUUGCAAUACUUAACUUAACCAUAACUUUGUCUUUUUUAUUAAACAGUUACACAUAUUUUUAUGAAUAUUUUAAUAACUAUACAGUUAUUCUGUUUAGGAAAAUUGAAUAUGUCUGAAAAUUGCAUGGCAGUUAUGGCUGGAAGAAUGUGCAAUGUUGUUAAGUCAAAUAUUUAUAAAGCAUAUCAAAUAACUUAAAACUUUUUCUUAUUAAUAAUUCAUAAAUUAUUAACUGUGGAAGACACUGAAAAUAAGAUUAACAAUUUAUCUCUAUUUUUAUUACCUAAAUUAUGUACCUAUGUGUUCUAACUGAAAUAGCUUCAGUUUAUGUAAAGUGAAUAAUUAUUAAUGAAUUAUUUUAAGAGUUGUUAAUAUUAUGUAAAUGUAACAAAACAAAUAAUUAUGUAAAUUAGAUAUUUUAUCAUAUCUAUGAAUGACUGUGAUACUAAUACAAAUUUUUUAAUUUAUCAUAUAGCCUGAUAUAUCUGCCAUUUACCUGCCACUUACCUACGAGAAAAAAAAAACAGUUUUUUUAAGACUAACUUCUGCGAUUUUACUGUAAGUAAAAGAAAUAAACGGUUUUUCUCAAGACCAAUCUCUGUGACUUGCCUAUAAGUAUAUAUAAAAGGUUUUUCUUAAAACCAACCGACUUUAUAUUUAUACAUAUAUUUCUUUUGUUUGUUUAAUAUUUUUUUAAGUUUUGUUUAGCAUAGUAAAAUGGCAUUGAGAGAUCAUGACUAUGUCAUUCCAGCCAAUCACGAAGAAGUAGGUGUUCCAAAUCUUAACCUCUUCCUACAAGACCACAACUACGCCCAACGUCCUGCCAUUCAGAUUCAAGAAGAACAAGAAGAAGAUCAACAACAGCAACAACAAGAAGAUCAACCUCAGGCAGAAGGAGAAGAUCAACCACAGGCAGAAGAAGGAGAAGAUCAACCACAGGCAGAAGAACAAGAAGAUCAGCCACAGGCAGAAGAACAAGAAGAAAAUCAGCCACAAGAAGAAGGAGAAGAAGAACAACAACAACAAGCAAGAACAUAUAGGACAAUCCCUGGCAUUCGGCUCAACUCAAAAUUUUAUGUUGAUAAUUUUGGAUAUAAAUAUUAUAAAAAAAAGUUACUCAUCAAUAGAAUAACUUUGGUUUGUGAGCGUCAAAAAAAUCCCAAUCGUCCUAUAUGUCAUGGCUCAGCAUCUAUCAGUAGAAACGAGAUGGACAACCAAAUUUUGAUUGUAGUUCCACACAAUCAUGAGCCGAAUUAAAUUGAUUUAAAUGUGCCAUUC